CCCAAUCAGACUCUUUGGAUAAGGAAAGAAUCUAGAAAGCACAACUCUAUUGGUCCUCACAUCCUAACUUGGCUUUCCCAUCUAUAUUCCAAUUUCAUCUUACAUCAAAUUACAGAAACCCACCACUUUUCUUCUGAUCUUUGAGCUUCUCACAACCUUCACUCUUCCCAUCUAUCCACUGCCUAAAGUUAGGAAAACUAAGACCAACAAAAGCAAAUCAACACCAAUGGCAGCAACCAUAACCACAAUGGCCAUGCUCAAUGCCAAGUGCUUGAGCACCAGCUCCACAAAAAUGCUCAACCCCAUCAAGCCAACCACCAAGCCUAUCUCCCUUCUCUCCAUUCACAACCUCCCAAAGGGCCUUACCUCCUCAAAACCUGUUGAAAAUCUUAACCUGUCAACUUCUCUAACUGGUACUGCCAUUGCUGGAGCCAUCUUUUCAACCUUGAGCUCUUGUGAUGCAGCCUUAGCUGCCCAACAAAUUGCUGAGAUAGCUGAAGGUGACAACCGUGGCAUAGCACUGUUGCUUCCCAUUAUUCCAGCCAUAGCUUGGGUCCUCUUCAACAUUCUCCAACCAGCUCUUAACCAAAUAAACCGUAUGCGUAGCAUCAAGGGAGUGAUCAUUGGGCUUGGGCUCGGAGGUUUGGCUGCAUCAGGGUUCAUGUCAGCACCCCAUGCAUCAGCUAGUGAAUUUGCUACCAUCGCUGCUGAUGCCUCCUCUAGUGAUAACAGGGGACAGCUUCUUCUGAUUGUUGUUGCUCCAGCUAUUGGUUGGGUCCUCUACAAUAUUCUGCAACCAGCCUUGAACCAGAUCAACAGGAUGAGGUCUGAGUGAGUUUUUAUAAUAAGGAUUUUGUGGGAGUAAAUGGCACAAAAGUAACUUGUAAUUGUUCCUUAUAUGUUGUCAAUGAACUUUUUUUCCUUAUUAUUCGGAUGGUUUGAAAGUGCUGAGAUGAUAUUUCUGUCAUAACCCUAAUGGGUUUUGAUUUUUCGCUUGUGUUAGUAGAUCUACUGUAUAUGUAGCUCAUAAGCCUAAAGCAAUUAAAAACUACUACAUAUUAUUUUCUGUAUAA